CUGGGAUUGAGAACAAAAGAGCACACACAGGACAAUAGAAAAAUCUGAAAAACAAGUGGUUCUCCUCUUCUGGACUUUGAGGUUAUAAGGAGGCUGACUAAAAACUUGAGUUUACAUUAAUGUCUUCAGAUGGCCCGUACUUUGGAACCACUAGCAAAGAAGAUCUUUAAAGGAGUUUUGGUAGCCGAACUUGUAGGCGUUUUUGGAGCAUAUUUUUUGUUUAGCAAGAUGCACACAAGCCAAGAUUUCAGGCAAACAAUGAGCAAGAAAUAUCCCUUCAUCUUGGAAGUUUAUUACAAAUCCACUGAGAAGUCUGGAAUGUAUGGAAUCAGAGAGCUAGAUCAAAAAACAUGGUUGAAUAGCAAAAAUUAGAUCCAGUCAUCACGUUCAGCCUCCCAUCUAAGCUGUUUGAGACCUUUGAGAGAAGAAGAAAAGAUGAGUGUACUACCACACUGUAGACUCUUGGUGGUCCCACAGAACAUGCUGCUGAGUCACAGGAACUUCUAGCCUGCCUUGGCCUGCGGUUUCCCACCCACUAUACAAACCCACUGCUUGCUUGUUGCUUUUCUUCUCAUAUUUAUUGUCAAAGAUUAAUGUUUCAAAAAGAAAUGACUAAGGAAGGAAAAGAAACAAAUGCUCUAAAGAUUUUCUCUCCCCAAGCACUUUUACUGGUGAAAUAAAAACCAGUAACAAUCAAUAUCAGAAAUAGUUAAAAUGUCUAUAAACAUGUAAAGUUACUUAGCAAACUCAUGCUAUAUAAAAAUGGCCCACUUCCCUAAAAAAAAGUAAUUUUUGUAGUCUGCAAGGUUUUUUUUUUUUUUUUGCUUUAGUCUAAAUACUUGUUAAUCUUACAUGUUCUCCUGAGAGAAGAAAAAGCCAUUCCUUUCAGGUUGUAAAGUACCAUGAAAAGGUCUUUCAAAAAUAUUCCUAUCAGCCAGGCACGGCGGCUCACACCAGUAAUCUCAGCACUUUGGGAGGCCGAGGCAGGCGGGUCACUUGAGGUCAGGAGUUCGAGACCAGCCUGGCCAACAUGGUGAAACCCCCUCUCUACUAAAAAUACAAAAAUUAGCUGGGCGUGGUGGUGCAUGCCUGUAAUCCCAGCUACUUGGGAGGCUAAGGUAGGAGAAUUACUUGAACCUGGGAGAUGGAGGUUGCAGUGAGCCAAGAUCAUGCCACUGCAUUCCAACCUGGGCGAGGGAGUGAGAUGCUGUCUCAAAAAAUAAAUAAAUAAAUAAAUAAAUAAAUAAAUAAAUAAAUAACAAAAAUUUCCUAUCUUCUGAAGUUCCAAGCCAAAGCUAUUUUUAAAACAUCAAUAAAAAAAUUUAAGUUACUUACUUGCAUUAUCUUUGUUAGCCAUGGCAUUCAUGCCAGUGUUAUCAAACUUGGAUCCCAUAUUUUCAUCCAAUAGAUGGCCAAACUUAAACAAAAAAGAUAAAUUUAUUAGAAAACUAAAAAUAAUGUAGAAUAGCUAGCUUGUUAAAACAGUACAUUAGCCUUACCUCUUCAGCAGAUACAAAUAGGCUGGAAUCAUUUAAGUUUCUUUUCUUUUUUCUUGGCCCUAAAAAAAAUUGUAAGUCUACAUUAUUCAAUUAUAAAUCUAAUGAUUUUAGAAAAAUGCAAUGCAACAUGAUUUUAUUUUAAAAAUUAUACUUGGGUAAAAACAAUUGCAAUAAUCUUCUAGCACCAUUGGGUAGCUGGCAUUUAAAUAUAAUUUAAGAGUUAGUAUAUAAUAUUUUCAAAAAGCUAACAACAUCCUAAUAGAACUGUUCAGAUGACAAGAGUGUCUUCUUGCUUUUCAGAUUUGGCCACUGAUCGAAGUUUUACCCAUAAGGGAAAUAACAUAGUAUCAAGCAAUAGUAAAAUUAUCAGUUUGACAUGGAUGGGUUUUGAAAUACUUAAAACAUAAAAUUUAGUUCAGGGGUCUUUAGAUUGUAAAGAAAUUGACUGAAAGUAUGUUUAUUAUGCUAUAAAUGAAGUUCUGUUUAUAACACCGAAAGAGGUUCUCCUUUAAAAAAAAACUUAUCUGUAGUACUGAAUAUAUAAACUUUUCCUGAAACAAUUAUUCAAACUCUGCAUCUUUGAUAUCAAUGUCUCUAGCAGUAGUAGAGCCAUAUUUUAAAAAGAGCUUUACUAAAUACAGAUCAUAACAUUCAGCUGUUUUAAGUGUAUUAAUGCAUUUUGGUAAAUUUACAGACUUGUUCAACCACAACCACAGUCUGAUUUUAGAACAUUUCCAUCAACUUCAAAGAUCCCUGGUGCCAUUUGUAGUCCUCCAACCCAUCUCUGAUCUAUCUUGUUUCUAUGACUUGCCUUUUCUGGCUAUUUCAUAUAAAUGGGAUCAUAUGACAUGUGGUUUCCUAUAUCUGACUUUUUUCAUUUAGCAUAACGUUUUUGAGGCUCAUCCAUGUUGUAGUACUCCAUGCCAUGUUGUGGGCUACAUAAUAUUCCAUUGUAUGGAUAUACCACAUUUUGCUUAUCAGUUAAUGGACAUUUAGGUUGUGUCUGCUUUUUGGCAUUAAUAGUGUUGCUGUGAACAAUCAUGUACAAGUCUUUGUAUCAGAGCCACUUUUGAUAAAAUAGUUUCUAAAACAUUUCAUCUUGAUUUUUAUUAAGGUGAUAUGUAUGUUACUUAACAGCUGUAUAAUACACAUUUGCAUGCAUUAGGAAGUUUUUUUUUUUUGGGUUUUAUUCAUCCUGUAGUGAUGUAUCUGUGACCUCAACGAGCAGGCACUUCUGUACUGUACUGGUUUCUUAAAGUUUCUUUUAUCCCGCCCCACCCCCAACCUCAGCCUCAAGUAUGUAACACCAUGCCUGGCUAAUUUUUGAUUUUUUUUUUUUUUUUUUUUUUUUGAGACAGAGUCUCGCUUUGUCACCAGGCUGGAGUACAGGGGCGUGAUCUCGGCUCACUGUAACCUCUGCCUUCUGGGUUCAAGCGAUUCUCCUGCCUCAGCCUCCCAAGUAGCUGGGCCUACAAGUGCGUGCCACCACGCCAAGCUAAUUUUUUGUAUUUUUAGUAGAGAUGGGGUUUCAUCAUGUUGGCCAGGAUGGUCUUGAUCUCUUGACCUUGUGAUCUACCUGCCCUGGCCUCCCAAAGUGCUGGGAUUACAGGCGUGAGCCACUGCGCCCAGCCAUUUUUGAUUUUUUGUAGAGAUGGGGUCUCAUUGUGUUGCCCAGGCUGAUUAAAGUUUCUAUAAGGUAUGUUUAUUCUUAAGGAUAUCUACUCUAACACCUGUAAAUGUAGGGUGAUCAAUUAGUAAAUUAAUAAAUCUGAAUCAAUUAAUAAAUCUGUUUAAAAUUC